GGGAAUGGCGUGAAUGGGGGGUAUCAAUAAGGGGCGUGUAUUGGGGGAGGAGGGUGUGGAAGAAAAGAAGGGGGGAAAGACCGUAAGGGCUUUGGCUUGGUGUGAUCACGUGACCACCGGGCGCAGCGGGCUGGUGUGGUCACGUGAUCACCCUGGGGAUGGGGUCACGUGACCACCCCAGGCCUACGGUCACGUGACCACAGGGUACCGCGGGUUGGGGUAUAUAAACCCCUCUCCGGGGGAGUCUCGUCAGUCGGUGGUCAUGCCUAGAACUGAGUGGAUGUCUUUCGUGCGCUGCGCCGCUGUUGCGGCCUCGCCCCACCUGGGGGUGCGCCGCGCACACCUUACCGUGGGGCGGGCGAGCCGUUGCUGGCUGGCGAGGAGCCGCCAGGUGGCCGCCUUCGCCUUCCCGGCAGACGGGUGGCGUCGGGCGGCGUCGGGGGAGUGGCGGAAUGUCACCGGGCACAAGAGGCUGGACUUGAAGGGGCUGGCAAGGUUACCCCCCGAGGCGCCCCUUAAGCUGCGGGCGUGGACGAGCCGCGGCGUGAGGAAGACCACGCAGGGGACGCUGGCAGACCUGCUGGCCGCCCUGCACGCAGGGCCCGCCCACCUCACGCUGCAGCUCCUCUCCAGCAGCGAGGGCGUGCGCCUGGACUGGGGCGUGCAGGAGUCAGACCCGGCACUGCACGCGCUGGGCGGGGCGCUGCCCUACACGAACCUCCCACCUGGCGCGGUGAGCAAUGCUCGGGACGGGGCGCUCCCCGGCACGAGUCCCCCGCUUAGCGCGGUGAGCAAGGCUCGGGACGGGGCGCUCCCCUGCAUGAGUCCCCCGCCUGGCACAAUGAGUAAGGCUCGGGAAGGGGCGCUCCCCUGCACGAGUCUCCCGCCUGGCACGGCGACCAAAGCUCGGAGCCGGGCGUUGCCCAGCACGGGUCCCCCGCCUGGUGUGGUGAGUAAGGCCCAGGGCGGGGCGCUGCCCUGCACGAGUUCCCUGCCUGGCACUGUGAACAAGGUUCGGGGAGGGGCGCUGCCAUGCACGAGCCCCCCGCCAGGUGCGGGCAACGCCAACACUUCCCCAUGGACCUUCCCUUGCCCCUCAGUAGUGCCACGCCUCCCUAGAGAAAGCCUGACGCCACCUGUGCCUCAGUGCCAGAGGCGGCAGAAGGUGCAUUGUCGCAUGCUGCGACAAGAAUUUGAACACCUUAACACCACUACUUGUCCACCGAGCGAGCCUCAGUCCCCAGAGAAGACUCUCGUGGAGGAGAAUUACGUUAACAAAGGCAGCAUUGAAUCAGGGAAAGCAGAAAUAAAAGUAGACGUUGAACUCUGCCCGGAAUGCGGCAAGCGAGAGUUACCAAAGGCACGUAUGAUACCCGUGGACUCGCCUCCUCCCGUCCCAAAGAUGAUUUCCCCUGUCAUCGUAUCGCCCUCACCGUCCCCUUCCGUCAAGUCCGAGCCCUGGGCACACCUUCUCGACGACUGGUGCGGGUUCGUGAUCAGGGACGCAUACCGGGCGUGCAAGAGGCGCCUGUUCGACUGGGCCCAGAGGAAAAGAGACAGGGUGAUAGCGCGCUACAGAAAGCCGAUAAAGCGGAUAAGGCGCCUAGUGGAUCGCAUCUGUGGGAGAAAGUACCCAGGCAGGGUGUUCUACGUGCCCGGCCCAGGCACGCCUCUGCUGUCCUCUGUCCUCACCAAGUCAGCAUCCACUACUGUAGGGCCGUCAUCCACUACAGUAAAGUCAUCAUCUAGUGCUGUCAAGCCGGCAACCACUACAGUUAAGCCAUCCACCACAGUCAAGCCUUCAUCCACUACAGUCAAGCCUUCAUCCACUACAGUCAAGCCUUCAUCCACUACAGCUAAGCCUUCAUCCACUACAGUCAAGCCUUCAUCCACUACAGUCAAGUCAUCCACUACAGUCAAACCUUCAUCCACUACUGUAAAAUCAUCGUCAUCUUCAGCCAAGUCAUCAUCUUCUUCAGUCAAGUCAUCAUCAUCUUCAGCCACUCCCAAAUCAUCAUCAUCUUCAGUCAGGUCAUCAUCUUCUUCAAUCAAGUCAUCAUCAUCUUCAGCCACUCCCAAAUCAUCAUCUUCAGCCAAGUCGUCAUCUUCUACAUCCUUGUCAUCAUCUUCAGCCACGUCAUCAUCAUCUACAUCUGAGUCAUCGUUUUCUACAGCCAAGUCGUCAUAUUCCACAGCCAAGUCAUCAUCUUCAGUGGAAUCAUUGUCUUCAAUAGCCAAGUCAUGGUCUUCUACAGUCAAGUCUUCAUCAUCUUCAGUCGAGUCACCGUCCUCCACAGCCGAGUCGCCGUUCCCCAUGUUGAAGUCACUGGCACGUGUCCUGCUGCGGCGGAAGGCGAGGGGCGUGUGUCGCGUGUACUGCAUGGACGAGAAGUUCCUGCCGCGGAAGUUGAAGAUCGAAGUAAUGAGUCACGUGUUUGGCGUAGCGUAUCGCCACAGGGAGCUGGUCACCUUCCGCUUUGAUCAGAGCCUGAGGACGUACAAGGAAAAGAAAAGUGAUUGGAUUGAGAGGGAAAGGCAAAGGAACUCGCCAGGCCCUCAGCGGUGGACGUCUGCGCCGGCCUCAAUGUUGCUGAAUCAGUUCAUCAGGCACAAGGGAGACUUGUGGAUGCGUGUCACCGUCACCUGGAAAGAUGAGUGGGGUGGUGGUCCCACUCGUAGCUUCGUACCCAUGUUGUGGUUCUCCGAGCAGGUGAAGGAAGAUGUUGUUAACAAGAGGGAGUUUGUGUUCCGCAUCUGGACGCAAGGCGGUUUUUCAUCCCAGCACGAGGGUUUCAGGGGGUUGGUAAGGAUGAAGAAGGAAAAUAUAGAAGACAGAGAUAUGAUUCUGGUUGUAGAUGACGAGCCUUUGAUAAGCGACGGUGAGACGCCGCUAGUGCCUGAACAGCUGCAGGAAUCGGAGGAAGAGGAAGCAAAGUGGGAGGAGGAACUGCUUGUGUUAAACGGAGAGGAACGUCGAGAAGAGACGAAAGAAGUGGGAGAAGGUGAGAUGCAGGACUCCAAUAAAGAAGUGAAAGGAGAAGAUAAUAAAGGGAUGAUCCCAAGCAAUGCUGAAGAGGAAGACAAAGAGGCAAGCAACACCUGCGAGAAAGGACAGGAAAGCCAGAAGACAGACAGGGAGGGUGAAGGGAGACCUGCAGCCCCCGCCCACGCCGCCAGUCCAGACGUGGGCGUGGUGAGGCGGGUGACUACAAAACUGUUGAAGGUGGCAUGGGUGACGCUGACGGUGGUUGGGGUGAUAGUUGUCGUGGGCGCCUUCCUUCCUGAAGUACCGGAGGACUGAGAAGCACGCCCCCUAUCCUCACCCCUUCAAAGUCACCCCUGAACUUGAUGUGAAAUCAAACGUGAGGGAUCAGAGUGACUCAGUGGACAUGUUUGUUCUUGAAGAAAAUGUUGAUGGCCAUUUGCAAGUAUAUACAAAAA